AUGGGUGGGAUAGUGAUUUACAUACUCGCAAAAAUAGCAUACGACGCAGGGCAUGGUUCCAAUAUCAAAGAUCCAGUUUUGCCAAAUGUCUACGGCUGGCGGAAUAAGAAAUCAUGGUUCGCCCUGUGCUCUGCUCUGCCGGUAUCCAUAUCUACAGAUAUUGAUACCCGGCGCCAACUACUCCUAACGAGGGCACCAUGUAGUCAUGAGAGACUUCUCGAAAGAAAACCGGGUCCUCCAGCAUGUGGUUGGACCCCUGUAGCACUAUUCACUGGAAGGUAUCAAGAGCCGGGGGGUGUCUCUCAAGAUACGAUUGGCAUCAAGGCAGUAUCUCGCCCAUGGUUCGAUGCCACGGCGAGCCAACUUUCGGUAAGAUUACAAAGGGCGAUGAUCCGCGCAGAUGCAACAAACACCACCCUCUUGAUCUCCGUCUUGGAAAAAAUCAACCCAUUCGCUAGUCAUGUUCUGAAUCGGCGAUGGUACCAGUGGAUUCAUGAGUAUACGAGAUGGGGCGACACCCACCACCACCCACUACAACCACCACUCCCACCCACGCCCCAAAGCAGAUCUCAGCCAGGCUCGGACCACCAGUCGAGCCGAGUCUCGCCAGUCAGGCCGGACGUCAAACGGCAUACCAUCCUCCAAUCCACGGAUACGAGUCAUUUCUGA